AUAUCAAUAUCAAUCUAAAACAUAAACACUCAAAAUACCAUCCUAUUUCUUCUCCAUCAUCAUCACCAUUUCACCAUCAUCAUCAUCAUCAUCAUCAUCAUCAUCCUCCUCCUCCUCUGUAAAUUAGGGUAAAACCCUCUUUAAAUUUCCACUAAAAAUUAGGGAUUUCAAUAUCCAUUUCUGCAACUCUUACAAUUAUUCACAUACCCACUUCGUAAUAACACACAAAAGUGAAAUUUUGAUGGGAAAUCGGGGACAGAAACGAGCGGAUGCAAUCGACGAAUUUCCAGCGGAUAAAAGAACUUGUAGUUCAUUGGAGUUCAGAGCAAGUUCAUCAGUAUCACCGAUGGAAACGACCGCAAGUACCUCCACAAACCAGACCCAUGAUCACGAAAUGGAAACAUCUUCAUCUGCAUCCGGGUCGGGCUCAGCCCGAACAGACGAAGAUAAAGAUUCAGCAUACGGGUCAUGCGAUUCAGACGAAAUGGGCGAUACAGAACACAGGAGAAACCGAAACGCAAUGCUCGAAUACCAAAGGCAGAGGUUAUCCGACGAUCAAGUGAAGUUCAAGAGGGUGUUAUCGGUUUUAAGCGGAGAAACCGAGGAACCCGCUCAAGAAAAUGCGCUUAGAGAGCUUUGUGAAAUACUGUCGUUCUGUACGGAUAGUUCUUUGUCGAGUUUAAUGGCGAAUUCGUUAUCCCCUGUUCUUAUAAAGUUGGCUGGACAUGAAAGCAACCCGGAGAUUAUGCUUUUAUCUAUUAGGGCUUUAACUUAUUUAUGCGACACUCAUUCUCGAUCUUCGAGUUUUAUCGUUAGAUAUAACGGCAUUCCGGUACUUUGUCAGCGAUUGUUGGCCAUUGAGUAUGUCGAUGUUGCUGAACAGUGUUUGCAAGCGCUACAGAAAAUAUCGCGUGAGCAACCGCUUGCGUGUCUACAGUCUGGUGCGAUAAUGGCGGUUCUUACUUAUAUUGAUUUCUUUUCUACUAGUAUCCAGAGGGUUGCGCUUUCGACUGUGGUGAACAUUUGUGAGAAGCUUCCAUCCGAAGGUUUUUCGCCUUUUAUGGAUGCCGUUCCAAUAUUGUGCCAACUUCUUCAGUAUGAGGACAAUAAGCUUGUCGAACACGUUGCUACAUGCCUAAUCAAAAUAGCCGAAAGAGUACACCAAUCCCCUGAGAUGCUCGAUGAACUUUCGAAGAAUGGUUUGAUUCAUCAAGUCGCACAUCUCAUUGAUUUGAACAGCAAGACCACUUUAUCUCAUUCUGUUGAUACCGGUCUGAUCGGACUACUUGUUAAACUCGCUUCUGGUUCUAUGAUAGCCGUUAGGACGCUUUUUGAUCUAAAUAUAAGUAGCAUAUUGAAGGAUAUUUUGUCAACUUAUGAUCUUUCACAUGGAGUGCCUUCCCCUCGGGCAGUUGGUCAAAACGAUCAGGCACAUGAAGUUUUGAAGUUGUUGAUACAGCUGCUGCCCGUUGUAGAUAGAAAUCACGAGGUCCCAUUGGCAGAAGAAAAGGCAACUUUUUUGGAGAAUAAUCCUAAUUUUCUGCAGAAGUUCGGGAAUGAUUUAUUGCAUGUCUUGAUCCAGGUUGUUGAUUCAGGCGUUGAUUUAUACAUUUGUUACGGAUGUCUAUGCGUUAUCGACAAGCUAAUUUAUUACAUCAACGCUGAUACACUUUUGGAUUUGCUUAAACAAGCCAACAUUUCAAGGUUUUUGGCCGGAGUGUUCACUCGAAAGGAUCGGCACGUAAUAAUGCUAGCCCUAACUAUUUCCGACACUAUCCUUCGAAAAAGCAACGAUGCGUUUGUGGACCCUUUUGUAAAGGAAGGAGUCCUUUUCGCCAUCGAUGCACUUAUAGUCCCGGAAAAGGGUUCAAAUUUCAUGUUUACGAUGUUCAACGAUAUUCAGUUAUCGAACGAGUCAAGUCGAAAACAAUGCUUAUGCUAUUCGUUCGACAACUGUAAGUCUUCAUCAGCGUCAGAAUCACUGAAUUGUAAGAUGGAUAACGAUUCUCUUCAAACGCUUGCGAAGAGCAUACGAACGGAUUACUUCAACAAAAACGCGUCCACGUCAGCAAACGGAACAACCGAUAUCCUCGAAAAGUUGAAAUCUUUAUCUACCGGAUUGGCGUCUAUGAUUACUCAUAGUAUCCCUGAAGAAGGGUAUGAUCAUGUGUUGCAUCAAAUCAUGUCGCAUCUUAACGGACCCGAUAUUAUUUCCACUUUUGAAUUUGUCGAAAGUGGAAUUACCGAUGCGUUGUUUAAUUAUCUAUCUAGCGGUGAAUGUUCUAGACGAAUUUCUGACGGUAACGGGUCAAACAGUCAAGACUGUGUUGCCGAGAGAAGACUGAAGACUUUCGCGAGACUUUUUUGGUCAAACUUUUCAUUAUCGGAAUUUAUUUCUAAAUUACAGAGUGGGUUAUCGUCUGUCGAAGAUUUUCCCGUUGUAGUGAACAACGUAUCCAAACACAGAAAUUCGUAUGCUACGGUUCCGUAUAGGCAUUGCACUACAUACCCGUGUAUGAAAGUUCUGUUUGGAAAGGAAGAUGGAGAGUUGACUUUAGUUGACUAUUCGUCAGAUGUUCAAAGUGUUGACCCACUUUCGGAUUUUGAUGCAAUUGAAAAGUUUUUAUGGCCUAAAGUUUGUUUAGAGAGUAAUAAAGAUGAUGAAAAUGGGUCGGUUACAAGUCCGAACAACGUCGAACCGACUUCUGGUGAAUCAUCACGCCGAAAUGAAUUUGCAUAUGAUUCUAUGGAUCAUGAUCAAAAUGCUACAGAAAAGGAUAGUAGUAUGAGCACCGAACAUCCUCAAUCCAGUCAAAACGAUGGUCAUCUGUCGUUUUUCCUCGAAGGAAAGCUAAUUGACCGGAGGUCAACAUUAUAUCAAGCGGUUAUCCGUCACCACAAAGCACAAUACGACACCGUCACCCAUGCAGCGUUAUGGAAUCAAACGCACAAAGUAACGUACAAGAAAGCGUUGAAAUCGGAGGAAGUCAGUUCCCAAUAUUUUCGAUGUCAUGCUCGUUGGUCAUCCGCCUUGAAAAAACCCCUUUUUUCGGAAAUCGGGGCAGCUGUGGAAAAGUCAACUCCAUGUUACAAUAUAUUAUUUCUGUUGAGAAUAUUGGAAGCGGUGAACCGGUUUCGGUAUCAUAUCACGUCGUACGAAAAAAUCCAUGCUUUUGCGCAAGGUAGAAUUACUGACUUUGACGGUGCAAGAGUAACGGGCGAGGGCGUUUUCGGUAUUUCAAACGAGUUUGUAAAUAGUAGGUUAACGGAAAAGCUAGAGCAGCAGAUGCGGGACCCGUUAGCGAUCUCUACGGGUGGGAUGCCAUCAUGGUGUUCGCAACUAAUGGCGUCGUGCGCGUUCUUGUUUAGUUUCGAAGCUAGAUGUAAGUACUUCCGGUUGACCGCAUUCGGUAAGCCACAAAGUCAAACUCGGGUUUCAUCGGGGUCGAGUUCGACUAUUCAAAACGAUUCAACAAUGCCGAGAAAAAAGUUUCUCGUAUAUCGACAUCAGAUUCUCGAAUCCGCUACCAAGAUGAUGGAUCUUCACGCGGGUCAAAAAGUUGUUCUUGAAGUGAAAUACGACGAAGAAGUUGGUACUGGUCUUGGCCCGACAUUGGAGUUCUUUACACUCGUGAGUAACGAGUUUCAAAAAACGGGUCUCGGGAUGUGGAGAGGAGACAGUUUCUUGGAUUCCGGGCUUGUUGGAUCUCCGUUUGGGCUCUUUCCAGGCCCGUGGGCUCCUACCGUCAGCGUCUCGAAUGAUAUAGAGUUUUCGGAAGUGAAAAGAAAGUUUCUCCUCUUGGGCCAGAUUGUUGCGAAGGCCCUUCACGAUGGGCGGGUUUUGGAUCUUCCGUUUUCCAAAGCUUUCUAUAAGCUAAUACUUGGACAGGAACUCAAUUUGUACGACAUACAGUUAUUUGACCCGGUUCUAGGCAAGACCCUUAUCGAGUUUCAGGCUCUCAUUGAACGGAGAAAAUAUUUAGAAUCAGUUGGAAAAAUAUCAGCCGAUGAUCUUAACCUGUGCUUCCAUGAUACGAAAAUCAACGACCUGCACCUCGAUUUUACUCUUCCGGGCUAUCCUGAUUACAUCCUUGCUUCCGGGCCCGAUAAAGAAAUGGUGAAUUCUGCAAAUUUGGAGGAAUACAUCGAACUUGUGGUCGAUGCGACCAUAAAUUCUGGAAUUUCUAGACAAAUGGAUGCUUUUAGAUCGGGAUUUAAUCAGGUUUUCCCCAUAGACAAUCUUCAGAUAUUCACCGACAAGGAACUAGAACGUCUCUUAUGUGGAGAAAGCGAAACUUGGAACUCAACUCAACUUUCGGAUCUCAUCAAGUUUGAUCAUGGAUAUACUGCUAGCAGUCCUCCGAUUUUACACUUUCUAGAGAUCAUACAAGAGUUUGAUUACGAGCAGCAAAAAGCGUUUGUGAAGUUUGUUACCGGUUCCCCACGGCUUCCACUUGGUGGUUUGGCAUCACUAAACCCAAAACUCACAAUCGUACGCAAGCAUUGCGAUAAAGUGGUGGAUGCUGACCUUCCGAGUGUGAUGACAUGCGCUAAUUAUCUCAAACUGCCUCCUUACUCUUCCAAGGAAACGAUGAAGGAAAAGCUCUUAUACGCGAUAACAGAAGGGCAAGGGUCGUUUCAUCUUUCUUAAGUGCGUGGUGGUUGCACGAAACAGGUAUAUAAGCUGUGAAUAUGUAAUUAUCAGAUUAGGCAGUGGUGGUACAGAGGAUACGACACGUGGCAGUUGUGGAUGGUGGUUAUGGUGGUAGCGGUGAUAGUGAUGACGGAUGAGCGUGUCGAAUACCUGCUAAGCUAAGACAGGCAUAGGCAGUAGUUGGUUCAUGUCGAAGAAGAAAAUGUACAGAAAGAUGGCAUGGUUUCUUAGCGUCGACACUUUUAACUCGUGGUUUAACACAUUGUGCAGUUUUUAUUUUGGUUCGUUGUUUAUACGUUGUGGUUUGUUUUAACUGAUGGUUUCUAGUAGUAUUAUACUUUCUGGAUCAUAAUGUUUUUUUUGGUGCGUUA